GAUGCAGCAACUACUUGCCAAUAUUUUUGUUGCAGGCCGGGCACCCCUGAUACUCUGGGUUACUCCAACCCUAGGCAUUGGAAUGAUUUACUUUGCAUUGGUACCAUUGACUGUAGGGGAAGCAGGAGAAGGAUUCAUAUGCGUCUUCCUUGCUAGGCGUCUUCAGUUAGAAAAGAAAGAACAAGACGAGGAGAGAAUUGAGGCCCGUGUAUUCAUGUGCAGGUUUAUUGCUAGGUUUUUGGGGGCAGCCAUAGCUAACUUGUGGAUAUCAAAACUUGAUUGGAAACCAAUCUUCAUGUCUUCAGCGAUAGUAACGGGAACGGUUUACUUGCUUUUCGGGUUUGGCUUCGUGUAUUAUUACAAGCGUUUAAAUCAAUCAAGUUCCACUGAAAGGGAGGAUUCAAUGCGUUCUCUGCUUAAUAGGUUCUUUCUUUCCAAAACACAGCGCAGGAGAGAAUCAAAUUCCAGGCCAAGAGAUCAUGAGAGUUACAACAAUGGAAAGAAGGAAUUAUGGCUGUUUCUAAGAAAGCUCCCCUUAUGGUUUCCAUUCCUUUUCUAUUAUGUGGUUGACGCAGCUGGUUCCACAUUCUUCAUGGAACAAACUGACAAAUUAAACGACAAAAUUGGGGAAAACUACCAGGUUCCAAGUCCUCAGUCUUCUUUUUUAGUGGUACAGAAAUGCACAAAGUUCAUAGCUUCAAACCUAGCAGAUUAUCUGAUCAAAAAGUUUUGCAAAGAUGACAACCAAGAAAGGCGUGCUGGGCUUGUGAGAAUGAGUUUAGGUAUGUGUGCUUGUUCCGGAUGCUGCAUCGUUGCUUGGCUUCUUGAGAAUCACAGAUUGGAUUUAUUCAAUGACAAUCCAGACAGAAACCCCAUUCCCAUGAGCAUCUUAUUGUUGGCUCCACAGUUUUCCCUAUUAGGAUUUGCACACGGACUUAUUGAAGAUGGGAUGGAAGAGUUCUUCCGUGACUAUGCACCAGCGUCAAUCCAUCAUUUCGCAAUGGCAUUCACUAAAGCUGUGGAUGCAGGGGGAAAAUUGAUUGCGGUGGUGUUUAUUCUGACUUUGAAAAACUGGAUAGGUGAGGACGUUAACACAAGUCAUCUUGACUCUUACUACCGAAUGUUAGCCAUUCUGGUAUUGUGUGCCUUACAAUUCUUCAUAAUUCUUGCCAAUAACUACGAUUGGGAGAUUGAGAAAAAGGAGGGUGAUGACGAGCUUGAUAAGGUGUUGAAGCAGCUGAAGACAUCUAUAGUAUUGGAUUGUGAGGUCUACAGUAUACCUUCAGCACAUAGUGUCGCCCUGAACCUAAAACCGACAGGGAGAGUCUUGGGUGCUUUACGGAGGUUGUCCAACCUCCUAAUGAUAACCUUAUUCUCUCAUUCCUCAAAUACAACCAUGUCCGGCUCUAUACUUGUCGCCAGCGGACUAAGGGCACCCUCUUCAGCAUACCCCACAUCACUGGAUGCCCCCUCUGUGGACGAAUCUCUAGAGACUAAAGAAUGGUGGUUGCUGGAAUCACCACCUACACUCGAACCAGCGCUACUCUCCGGUGUGAUUGUUUCGAGCAAAUCCUACAGCUCUGGUGGCACUAUCAUGGCAAUUGGUUCCACCGAUAUAACACCCUCUUCUUCUUCUCUCCCCUGGUUAUCCUAAAGCUCUCUUACAUUGUGAAAAGAAUCCAUUUUUACUUGAGUUUUAGAAAGCUAAUGUCCUUUUGUUGUAGAAUCUUAAGGAAUGAGCCUGAAACGCCUCUACAACCUUCGUUGUGAAAAAUGACAAACGGUACUGUGCAAUGAAACAGAGAAAUGGCU